AUGGGCUCUGCUUCCAUUCAGAGUUUCACAGGUAGAUCACAAACUACUGAGGAGGAGGAAGCGGCUCUGUCCCGGGGCAGCGGCGUGUGCAAGUGGUUCAACCUGCGGAUGGGCUUCGGCUUCCUGUCCAUGAGCAACCGGGACGGAGCUCCUCUGGAGGAGCCGCAGGACGUGUUCGUCCACCAGAGCAAACUGCACAUGGAGGGCUUCCGCAGCCUCAGAGAAGGCGAGGCCGUGGAGUUCACCUUCAAGAAGUCGUCUAAAGGCCUGGAGUCCGUUCGCAUCACCGGGCCCAACGGAGCCCCGUGUCUGGGCAGCGAGAGGAGGCCGAAGAGCGCCCAGAAGCGACGCUCCAAGGGGGACAGAUGCUACAACUGUGGAGGACCGGGCCAUCACGCCAAAGAGUGUCAGCUGCCCCCGCAGCCCAAAAAGUGCCAUUUUUGUCAGAGUGUUUCCCACAUGGUGGCCAGCUGCCCGGUCCGAGCGCAGCAGCAUCAGCAGCAUCAUCAUCAUCAUUCAUCUCAGGGAACCUCACAGAGGGACGAGGAAGAGGAGCAGAGCCGGGCCACCCUCUCCGAAAACUCAGAGUGA